GUAUUUAUGUUUUGCUAAUUUAAUUUUAUUUUGCGUUGUAAAUAACAUAAUUAAAGUCUUAAUAUUUUAAAUUAUAUUUUUUUUUUUUUUAAAAAGCACAUGGAUUCUUAAAGUUUUGAUAACAGAACACCAAACCAAGCAACGACAAACAGCUUUAAUCAUAAAUAAUGGGUCGCCGCAAGGAUAAACCACGCCUUAUCCCCGAGCAAGAUAAACGUAUCUGCCGUGCUAUUUGCCUUUGCCAAUUGACCAUGGUUUUAUCCUGCGUUUCUAUAGUGUAUUUAAGUGUGGCCAUUUAUGCUCCUUCAUUUAAAGCUUUCAAAUCCGGUUUUGAAUUGGAUCCGGUCAUGUGUCAAACUAUACAAUCGGAUAUGCCUGACUCACAUUGUAGUUGGGCUUCUUGCGGAGAAUGGUGUUUAACACGUACCAGUGGUUUUUGUCCUCAAAUCUAUUCAAUCGUGCGUCGUAAUGGAACCGAUAUCCAGUUGAAUAAUUGUACUCGUAUUACAAAUACUUCAUGUGCAAUGCUUGAAUUAAUACAGUGUUAG